UGACUCUCAGCACGUCGUCUCCUGCCUGAUCCAGGAAGCACGCUGUCAGAACCGAAGCCUGAUCUAAAGGGAAUUCUGGGAUUCUGCGGGGCGACACCACGAUGGAAACCAGUGCGCUGUUCUUCGUCUGUGCGCUGCUCGCAGGUGUUGCCGAGGCUCAGAGAGUGGUGACGGUGCAGAGUGGACCUCUGAUACGGACCGAAGGCUCCCACGUGACAAUCUGGUGCAACGUGAGCGGCUACAAAGAGGGCAUCGAGCAGGACUUUGAGUGGUCCGUGUACUUGCCGUCGGUGCCAGACAGAGAGAUCCGCAUCGUGAGCACGGCUCAGCCAAAGUAUGCCUAUGCGGUGUACUCCCAGAGGGUGAAUAGUAAAGAGAUCUAUGUGGAAAGGCUGAGCCGCGACUCGGCGGUGCUCCACAUCAGCAAAGUGCAGCCCAUAGACCAGGGUCUUUUUGAGUGUUACACGCCCAACACAGACGGGCAGUAUCUGGGCUCCUACAGUGCACGCACCAACCUCACUGUUAUCCCUGACUCUUUGACAGCAGCAGCUCCAGCCCAGACUCUGUCCAAAGUGGAAGGCGACACGCUGCAGCUGACGUGUGAGGUGUCUCGGGUCACAACGCACCACACUCACUUGUCAGUAGGUUGGUACCUGCGGUCCCCUGAGGAUGCCGCUCCACCUCAAGAACUGGUCACCUUGUCGAGAGAUUUUGUUCUGCGCUCCGGGGGGCCGUAUCGGCAGAGAAUGGCAGCAGGGGACCUCAGGCUGGACAAAACCAGCACCACUGCCUACAGGCUGACCAUUCACAAGUUGCAGCCGGUGGACCAGGGCCUGCUGUAUUGCCAAGCGGCUGAGUGGAUUCAGGACUCAGAUGGCAGCUGGUUUGCUAUGACCCGAAAGCAAAGUGACAAGACUCAGCUUCGGAUUCAACCCACUGAUCGGGACUUCAGCAUCCAGGUUAGCACGGAUCGACGGUCCUUCACGGCCGGUGAGCCGCUGGAGCUUCGCUGCACCAUUGAAGCCCAAAACGUCCCCGAGCGCUUCUUCUCGGUGUCGUGGGUCUUCAGCAGCUCACCGGUGGCCGUGGUGGGCCCCAAUGCCGUGCCUGCCCUGGGCUCCGAUUAUGUCGCCCGAGAGGCCGCUGGUCACAUGACUGUGCGUAAAGAAAGUGCCAAUGUUCACCUGCUAAAGCUCCAGAACUUGCGCACUGAGGAUGCCGGGAAAUAUAUCUGCCGUGUGACGGAGCGGGAGAAGACACCUACAGGAGAUUUCAUCGAUCGCAGCAAGAGGUCCCGUAAUGUCCAGAUCACCGUCCAGCCGCUCAAGAGCAACAUCACCAUUUCCAUGACCAGCAACUCCUCGGAGGUCCUAGAAGGUAAUGUGAUUCAGCUAUCCUGCUUGGUCCAGUCUGCCACGGGCCCCGUGACUGUGUUCUGGCAGUGGACGAACAAACAGGCAGUGGGACCAGUGCAGGAGGUGGCCUCCGUGGAUCGGGAUGGCACUGUGUGGCACAGCCCCACCUACAGGGAGCGCUCCAGCUACGGAGAGAUACGUGCGGAGAAGGUGCGGUCUGACAUGUUCACAUUGUCCCUGUACAACUCCUUGCCUGGGGAUGAGGGCCAGUAUAGCUGCACGGCCACUGAGUGGCUACAGACCAGUGCCGUGCCGCAGUUACACUGGGAGAAGAUCGGAGAGAAAUUUGCAACCAAGACCAUCACCGUCAAAACUGUUGAGUCCUCCUUCAUGGUGUCGGCCUCAUCGCGGACUCCGAGUGUGACCUUCGGAGACUCCUUUGACCUCCUCUGUUUGGUCAAGCCUCGUCACAACCCUCGCGUUCCCACGUCUGUGACCUGGCGCUUCAAACCGGCUGGCCCAGGAGCGGACGCCGAGGGUCAAGAGGAGUUUAAAGAUCUGGUGACUUUCACCCGCGACGGCACGCUGCAGUGGGGGGAGCAGCUGCUAGGACUGGGAACGCGCACCACUGUCGACCGCUCCCAUGCCAACACCAAUUUCCGUCUGUCCGUCACGCGGGCAGGGCGGCGCGAAGCAGGAACCUACCAAUGCACUGCUGUCCUGUGGAGAAGAAACUAUGACAACAGCUGGAGCAGAGUAGCCAAUCGUACCUCUAACCUUCUUGGCAUCAGCGUCCUACAGCCAGUGAGUAAGCUUCGAGUGCAGAAAACCAACCAGUCUCGGGUGUACCUGGAGGACAGCCGGCUCAGGAUCAAUUGCUCCAUUGCCGCCCAGUCCAGCCUGGACUCCCAGCACACCGUGCUGUGGUACAUUCGGCAUGCAAUGGGGUCAGAAGCAGACGAGCUUCUGCUGAAGAUUGAGCGAUCGGGGGCCUUUGAGUAUGGUGCCUACGCCGAUGAGGAGAGACUGCGGCGCCGCGUGCAGGCAGAGAGGCUGUCGCCUCGUCUCUACAUGCUGACGCUGAACAGGGUAGAGAGCAGCGAUUCCGGGACGUACUACUGCCUGGUGGAGGAGUGGCUGACUGACCCAGACGGAGCAUGGUACAUGAUCUCCCGGGAGUCUUCAGGGUUCACUCAGGUUCUUGUUAAACGGCCAGAAAUUCAACUGCAGGUGCAGGAGUUGGAGUCCAACAUAACAGUGCCAGAAUCCGCUCCGAUCCAGCUGGGCUGCAGCAUUUCUUCCCAGUCAUCCCGAGACUCUCGGUUCUCUGUGUCCUGGUACGUGGAACGCUCAGAUGAAGAUGAAGAAGAUGGCCUGCCAGGUGACCAAGAUCAAGGACAGCAGUGUGUGUUCUCCAUCGGGCAUGAUGCAGUGUUUGGAAAUGGAAACUGCAACCCCACCGAGGAGGAAGGUCCAUAUUCCCGUCUGCAGUUUGAAAGGAUGACCUCUGACCGGUAUAGCCUGACCAUUCAGGCAGCGCGGCCCUCAGAUGCAGGACGUUACUACUGCCAUGUAGAGGAGUGGCUACUCAAUCCACGCAACGCAUGGUACCGCCUGGCCACCAACAAUUCCGGAUUCACUAUCGUCAACGUAAUUCAACAAGCCUCCACCGUCCAGUCCGUCGUGUGCUCCAAUGACUCCCUCUUCUACUUUGUCUUCUUUUACCCGUUCCCCAUCUUCGGCAUCCUGCUAAUCGCCAUGCUGCUGGUGCGCUACAAGAGCCGCAACAACAGCAAGAGCCAAGAAGGCAAGAACGGCGCCCCGCUGCUGUGGAUUAAAGAACCUCACCUGAGUUACUCUCCCACCUGUCUGGACCCACCCGCUCUCAGUCUGCACCCCGGAUCUGUCGACUAAACAAGAGCACCCCCCUCUGGCUCUUGGGGCAUGUCAGAUCUGGGCGACACAGUGAUAUGGACUUCACCUUCAGACCUUCUUGUCUCACUGUUGAUUUAGUCAGUCGGUUGGUCUGUUUAAAUAGCUCGGCUGCCUGUUUUGUGUUAACAACAGUUUGUGCGAGUGCGUGCGUUGUGUGUUGGCCAAAGCGUGGAGCGGAAUGUUUGUGCCACGUUAGCACGAGCGACAAAUGAAGG